CAGGUGCGGCGUGUUUUUGUUUUGGGUAGAAGAAUUAGUUGUAGUUGAGGAAGGCCAGAUUCCCUAUUUUCGCCCUUCGGAGUCGCGCGAGCCGGGAAGGAAGUCUCGCUGACCGGCAGCCUCACUCGCGCCGAGAGCCUGUCCCCGCCGCUCCCUCGGGGAGGAUACGGCUCCUCCUCCCUCGCCAUCCCCCUCCCGCGGCGAAGAGGGAGGACGACGGCCAAGCAGGCGACCGAAGCCGCCGCGCCAAGGAGGUGGGGGGCCAGGUCUGGCUCGGCCUCGCCCGAGCUGACCCCCGCCGGGCCUCAGCCAUGAGGAGGGAAAUGAACGGGGUCACCAAGGGCCGGUUUGAGAUGUUCUCAAACAAUGAUGAGGCUGUGAUCAACAAAAAGCUUCCCAAAGAGUUGCUUCUUCGAAUAUUCUCCUUUCUGGAUGUGGUCACUCUAUGCCGCUGCGCUCAGGUCUCCAGGGCAUGGAAUGUCCUAGCUUUGGAUGGUAGCAAUUGGCAACGCAUUGACCUGUUUGAUUUCCAGAGGGACAUUGAGGGGCGUGUAGUAGAGAAUAUUUCUAAGAGAUGUGGAGGAUUCCUUCGAAAGCUGAGCCUACGUGGAUGCCUAGGUGUGGGAGACAACGCAUUGAGGACAUUUGCACAGAACUGCAGAAAUAUUGAAGUCUUGAAUCUAAAUGGCUGUACCAAGAUUACAGAUGCUACAUGUACUAGCCUUAGUAAAUUUUGCUCAAAGCUACGGCAUCUUGAUCUAGCUUCCUGCACAUCAGUAACCAACCUGUCCCUCAAAGCACUGAGUGAGGGGUGCCCUCUACUGGAGCAGCUCAAUAUCUCAUGGUGUGAUCAAGUGACAAAAGAUGGCAUCCAAGCUUUGGUGAGAGGCUGUGGUGGACUCAAAGCUCUGUUUCUUAAAGGCUGCACACAGCUGGAAGAUGAAGCUCUCAAAUACAUUGGUGCACACUGUCCUGAAUUAGUGACUUUGAAUUUGCAAACAUGCUUGCAAAUAACAGAUGACGGCCUCAUUACAAUAUGUAGAGGAUGCCACAAGUUGCAGUCUCUGUGUGCUUCUGGCUGUUCCAACAUCACUGAUGCCAUCUUGAAUGCAUUAGGGCAAAAUUGUCCAAGACUUAGGAUAUUGGAGGUGGCUCGGUGUUCCCAGCUUACAGAUGUGGGCUUUACCACUCUGGCUCGGAAUUGUCACGAGCUUGAAAAAAUGGACUUGGAAGAAUGUGUUCAGAUAACAGACAGCACGUUAAUCCAACUCUCUAUACACUGUCCACGGCUCCAGGUUUUGAGUUUAUCACACUGUGAGCUGAUCACCGAUGAUGGUAUUCGCCAUUUAGGCAAUGGUGCCUGUGCCCAUGAUCGCCUGGAGGUGAUUGAGCUGGACAACUGCCCCUUGAUCACAGAUGCCUCCUUGGAACACCUCAAGAGCUGUCACAGUCUGGAAAGGAUAGAACUGUAUGACUGCCAACAGAUUACCCGAGCUGGAAUUAAGAGACUCAGGACCCACUUACCCAAUAUUAAAGUCCACGCCUACUUUGCACCUGUAACUCCACCACCAUCUGUGGGAGGCAGCAGACAGCGUUUCUGCAGAUGUUGCAUCAUCCUAUGACGUGAGAGCCAGUCUACCUUGUAAAAAAGAAACUGAGUAUUUAAAUUACCCUUCUAGAAGUUACAGUGGACACCAGUAUCUCUGCCAACAAAAUGAUGCCAGUGCUCCUUCACCAGGGCCUUUGGAAAACAAAGCAGGGGAAGCUGGUGCAAAACAUUGUUCCCCUUUUAACCCCACAGCUACACGCAAAAACACACACACCGUAGUAUACACGUACUUACUUAUUCCAACAGACUGAAGGUUCCUGGAGCUGAGGACCUGGAUCAAUGGGAACUUUCUCCCCCCCCCACACACACACCGUAGGUGGAUUGGUAUAAUUAUAAACCAUUCCUACAAAGCCUGCUCAGAAGAAAUCAUGGGGAGGCGGGUGGGAGAAGGAGUUGUUGGUUGAAUCACUUCGCACAUCAGAAGAAUUGCUGUUGCUUCCAAGCGGGGGAGAAGUUGUUCUUUUGACAUUGAAAACAGCAAGAUAUAGCAAACGUGAUGUUGGGAUGGAAGGAGAGGUUUAUAACUGAGGAGGGAACAAACAUGAACAUUGAACCGUGAAGGUACUGUUCAGGUGGGAGAAAAAUGUACAAAGCAAAAAGAAAACAAAACACCCAUGGGUAUAUUUUUUAUUUAAAAAGAAAAAAAUCAUACGUGUGUUAAGGAAUGUUAAAACAGCCAUUGUGAGAUGUAGAUUCCUGCGCUUCUGUACUUCCUUGUUUUCUGUGCCGUCACAUACACUGAGCAUGCUCAUCUUGGAAGUUCAGCACUUUCUCUUCUUUCAUAACAUUUGGCUCAGAGGCUUCCUAGAUCGUUGUGAUGAUAAAGCUAGAAAUCUGUAAUGUCAGGCCUGAGAUCUUUUUUUCCCCUCUCCCCUCAGUAUCUCCAUUUUUUUUUUAUAAACUAGAUGUCUAAUUCUGAAGCUGUAUGAAAUGACUGAACAUAUAAUACAUAUGCCAAGUUAAUAUUUCUUUUAAAAAGGCAUCUUGUACCGCUAGGAGACCAAGCUUUGAAAAAACAGCUGUGAAAUGGGUUGGAGUUACAAAAGCAAAAAAAAUCUACAUUUUUUAAAAAGUAAUGCAGCCUGGGGAGAAGGGAGAACUUCUGUCCUAUGUAUUCUAGUGUAUCACCUCCAAAGGAAUGGUGGCUCAUAAAUCAGAAAUAGUAUACCGUACAGACAUGGGUUACUCUGAUUUCAGUGAUAAAUACCCUCUUCCAUUAUUAGAUGAACUCAGACAAUCCCUUUUCAGAUAGCUGGAAAUUAAUGGAAACUACAUCAGAUGUUUGCAUUUGCCUUAGAAGUAAGUGGCUCUCAUGACAGGAAAAUUGACAAGGUCCAUCCAGUUCAAUACUGAAGGAUACAAUUACUGAAUUUGGUUUGAUUUGCUCAAAGCUGCUGUUUCCAAAAACACUGGAAUUAUCUUAUGGUGCUUUUUUUGGAAGCCAUUUUUGGUUCCAAACGUGGUUUAAAAGGGCUGUGGGAAUGAUUCAGCAACAUUCCAAUAUUCUCUUCACAAAUAAUGCACAUGGCCCCAAAACACCUGCCAAAGGUCACCAGACGCUUUUCCUGAUGCCCAAUGUCCUGUUUUUAUGAACACACCUUAUUAAUGAAUGUUUAUCAUUUGCUGUUGUCAUUCAAAUUACUGGAUGUGCUGUUUUGUUUUCUUCUGUGCCAGCAUUUGACACAGUAUAAUUUACACAACAGGAUUUUUUUCUCUUGCAGUGCAGUUGGCUUCAAAGGUGUAACCUGGGGUCUAGACCUUCCCCAACUUGAUAUUCUUUAGCUGUUUUGGAUUACAAACUCCCAUUAUAAUCACACCCGUCUCAGCCUUCAGAUUUGAAUAUUAUGUCUUUAAAACAAAUCAUGGCAAUUGUAGUAUUGUCUCAAUACAGUCUGGUGAUACAGGAAAUUGAAACCUCUCAUGGAAAUGUCAGUAUUUCAGAAUGUUCAGUUGACACCAAGAUCAGGGAGGCAGAAAUGCAGGCAAGGCAGGAGAACUAAGUGUUCCCUACAUCAUGUAAGUUGCAGAUUUUAAAGAGACUGUGGUCUUCACCCACCUCUGGAAGCCAGAACCCAGCAUAAACUGCAAAGUCAGACCCAGACAACCUCCCACACUACUGGAAAAUAAAUUCAUUUUACAUGAAUUUAUUUUUAUCUUGCAAGCUUAUAGAUCUUAAAGAAGCUUUCUUAAUCACAAGUUAAUUAUAUUCAGAAAGACUAAGGUGGGGUAGAAUUCCACUGUUUUAUUAAAUGGUUCUGUGACAUGUUCUUUCAUUUUUCUUAAAACAGCAAUGCGUUUGAGAUCAGAAAAUACGUUUUCCCUUUGCUCCAUAUGAAAUUUGUCUGAUCUAUAUAUUCUCAGUUUCUCUUGUGCAGAUACUUGCUUUCUUACACAAGCAUUUACACUGAAUUUUCCAGAUCCACCAAUAUAUAGUUUUUAUAGGGCUUUAAAGCAGUAUACACUGUUCCAAAAUAUUUUUUUAAAAGCCUUGUUUUAAAUGUUCUUUUCUCUCUUCCCUAAAGUCUCUUCUAAUUUAUAGUUUUAAGAAACAGUCAUCUGGCUCCAGUAGAGAAAUAUGAUUAUUGAUUAUCAACUAUUGCUAUCUAUUAUUGAUCUACUGUUACAGUGUAAUUCCCUUUGAAUCUCAAACACCACAGUGGUGAUCACUGAUUAUCCAGAACAAGUUAGGAACUUGUGUAUGUUGUUAUCACCUUGUCAGUGUUUAGCACAACUUUGAAAGUAAUCCUAGAAUGUUCUGGAUUUUUUGUUUUGUUUUGUUUGUAGGAAUGAAAAUGUGGGGAUAAUGGUCUAUCACGUGUUACUCAUGUGCAAAGCCCCCUUGAAAUGAAUGGAAAUAUUUGCUGCA